AUGUGUUCUGAACAUUACUCUAAAAUAUUUGAAAAGUACAAAUGGAAAAAGCAACAACAUCCACUAAAUUCUACCCAUUCAUGUCCAGUUACCAGUAAUGAUGUCCCUGGAAAUCGCAUCAAACAGAAUCCCCAGGCUGCUUUAAAUUCAUCCAGUAUCAGGUCAUCUAACUUGACAAGUGCAAGUAAAUUAAAAUCUCAUGUUUUGCUUAGUAUAGUUGAAGGAAGAGGUCAAUCAACUGGAGAAAUAGGUUUAGCUACUAUCGAUAUUUACUCAGCAAAUGUUGAAUUAUCACAAUUUCGUGAUACUAGCAGUUAUAGUCGAACACUUGUAAAACUACUUUUAUAUUGUCCUACAGAAAUAAUUCUUCCUAAAUCUGGUUUGGAUCCAAAUAGUUGUAUGAGGAAACUUGUGAAAAUCCUACUGUCUUUACGCAAUGGUAUGACAUUAAAUGGUGUUAACAGAAAUCACUUCAAUGAUAAACAAGGUUUACACUAUUUAAGAAGAUUAUGCCAUCCACAUUACAUUCCAUCUAUAUACGCUAUUAAAGAGAAAUUUUAUGCUCUUUCAGCACUGUCUGCUUUACUUAAUUAUGCUGAAGAAAUUCAUGGACUUAUUUAUGCUCCAAAAUCAAUGAAAUUCUCAUUUACAGGAUCUGUUAAAUCUACUAUGAUUGACUUCAAAAGUGCAAAUCGUUUACGUUUGGUUAGAAAUAAUUACGACUAUUCAGCCAAAGAUACACUUUAUUCAGCAAUAGAUUUCACCAGUACAGCUAGUGGUGCUCGAUUAUUACGAGCCAACUUGUUGGAACCCCCAUGUGACUUGGAAACAAUUUUGAAUCGACAAGCUUCUGUUCGUGAACUAAUAUCUUCACCAGAAACUUUAUUUAACAUACAGAAUAUCUUACGUCAAUUCCCUCAUAUUGAUAGUCUUUUAUCACUUUGUGUUCAAAUAUGUUCGUCAUCAAAUUUAAUGUUUGACUGGCAUAACACUAUCAAUAACAAAAGUCAUACUAAUAUUAAUAAACAGAAUGCAUCGAAUCCAAUUGAAUUCAAUAACAAAACAGAUUCAUCUAGAUCAAAUAAAUCGAAUGAACUUUUAAUCAAUUCAACUAAAUUGUGUACACAAGAUAGCAUUACUCAUUCACCUUUAAUUAGUACAGUGAAAGAAAAAUCAACAGGUUUGCUAUUUGACAGGCCUACAAAAUCUUCAACUUUACUACCUGGAUCAUCAUCAUCACUAAUAGUACCCAGUUCCGAGAAGCAUUGUCUACCUAAAAGUGAUAUGAUCUAUUUAAAGAAAGCAGUAAACAUUCAAGCAGCUGAAUCUCGAAUUACAAAAGUUAUUGCAAUUAAAUAUAUGUUAGAUCUUGUCAAAUUAUUGUAUAAUGCUAUGGGUGAUGUCAAAUCUACAUUGUUGAGAACAUAUAAAGAGGAAGGAUUAAGUGUGGUAUUAGAUGUUACACGUAAAGCCUACUCAGAACAGCUUGAUGAUAUUACGAAUGAAGUUAGCAGACUUUCACAUCAAUAUAAUCUACCAUUGCGAAUAUCUCACAAUAAAGCUCGUGGAUUUUACAUUCAAAUACCUGAAGAAUCAUUAAAAACUUACACAAAAACAUUGUCAUCGAAAAUCAGUUAUGGCACUUCGACAUUGUCUAAUGACACUAAUUUUUUAAAUGAAAACAUCUUUAUUGAAGCAGAAGAGGAAGCAGAAGAAGAAGAGGACGAACAACAAGGAAAUAUCCAAGCAUGUAAAACAUUGCAUAGAACUAAUCGAAAUACUGUUCAUAAUAAAUAUCCUCAUAGGACUCUGACAACAUCCGAGCUUAGCAAUAGUCCUGUACUUCAAAAUCUUCCAGAUGAGUUUAAAAAACCAUUUAUAUCAAAAAAUGUUGUACAUUGUACAACAGAUUCACUUAUUCGUUUAAAUGAACGGAUUAAAGGAUCUCUUUAUGAAGUAUAUCAUAUUGCUGAUCAAAUUAUUAGCGACUUAAUUACUGGACUGCAUCCAGAUAUGGCACUAUUUUAUCGUUUGUCAGAAGUAAUCGCAGGUCUGGAUCUAUUAGCCUCAUUCGCGAAAAUGUCAUUAACUUAUUCUCUCAGAAAUAAUUUCGUUUGCCCAAUAUUUAGUAAUAUACUUGGGAUUAAAAAUGGACGGAAUAUUGUUACUGAUGAAGAAAAGAAAUCAUUAUCUGUGGCAAAUCAUACGUAUGCAUCACCUGCUUUGAACUUUCAUGUUAUAACCGGACCUCCCAUGUGUGGAAAAACAACCUAUCUUAGACAAAUAGCAUAUAUACAAAUUUUAGCACAAAUAGGUUCAUUUGUUCCGGCUGAAUUCACUUCAGUACGUCUUACUGAUCAAAUAUUCUUUCAUACAGAAGGACAAGAUGAUAUACUUUUAGGGGAAUCUAGUUUUGUUAAUGAAAUAAGAGAAUUGACUUAUAUUUUACAAAAUUUCUCCAGAUCAUCUAUUAUUCUUAUCGAUGGUUUAUGCCAGAAUACUGACCCUGAUGAAGUCGAAUAUCUCAACUGGGCUAUCUGUGAAGCAUUACUGGAACACAAAGCUUUCACGUUUUUGGCAACUAAUCGUUAUGAAUUGACCUCCUUAGCUUCAUUCUAUCCAAAUGUAGAAAAUUAUUAUUUUUCAGUACAGGAAGAAGUUUUAAAUAUUUAUCAUGGACAUCAUAAUAUAGGUACAUCAAAUCGAAGUAUUCAUGAAACAUCAUAUGCUAAUAACAGCAGUUUCACUGAAGAAUCUCCGUUAGUUCAUAGUUUUUCUGAUGAAAAUUAUUCAAAUACAUUCAAAAUGAAUCAACAUCUAAAACAAUCCGAAUUCAUUGAUUCAACCAGUCAAAAUCUUGGUCAAAUCACUUUUACUUAUAAAUUAAACAAAGGAAUAUCACCCAAAAUAAUGUACGGUAUUAAAUUGGCCAGGCUUACUGCACUUCCUCAAGAGAUACUGGAUCGAGCUGAAGAACUUUUGAAUUCGUACAUUGAAGAAGAAAAUAUAAGCGAUGAUGAUGAUGAUGAUGAUGAAAAAACCAACAACAGAAAGACUAUGACAAUGAGUGAUACUGGAGAUUUAAAACAAAUUGGUAAAAAUAUCAGCUUAAAUUUUCAAAAGUUGCAAAGACAAAUAUUGAAGACCCAAAAUAACCAGACUGAUUUGGAUGCAUCCAUUCCAACGGAAUCCUCACAUUGCACUACUGUAACAGAUUCGAGACAUGGUAUAUCAAAUUUAAAAUGGAAAAAUACCAAGAAAAACGGUUAUUUAACAGGAAACGAUCGCUUGGAACAUGAAUUGUUCAGACAAUUACAAAUCAUAUCAAAAGCUUACCAAACAAUGAACACAAAUCAACAUUUAUCUAAUUCAGAAAAAGAAGACAUUCAACAUGAAAUUUCAAAUUAUCUCAGAUUUCUAGAGUGUCGAUACCAAAGAUUAUUACUGUGA